UGGUCGUCAAGGCGACAGACAGGCAUCGGCAACGGUAACCUUUGAGCAAAGCCACCACUUGGUCCGGCUCCCUAUUCUUCCGACGCCACCGGAACCCCCGUGUGGCCCUAUCGCAGUCCUAGGCUGCCACUUUUCUGAGAUUCCGCUGUCGCUUCUUUUAAGGAGGACAGAACCAAGACUUUCCUCCAGAAUUGACCAUAUCAAGUGCCUCCGGAGCUUGCAUUCACCAAUGUUGAAGCCUUUUCGCAUUCGGGAUCUUCUCGAUCCUGAUUUUGAUGACCAGGUUCACGCCGCAAGUUUGGGUGUGAAAGACAGCGAGGGCCAUGAUCGAACAGAUCUUCAUGCCGGCUGUGCCGACAAUACUGUGCAAGAAGGGCACAGGCAAUCAGUCCUUAGUCCACAUCCGAUCUAUGACGGUGUCGUGGAGGUAUCCAGGAGCGAGUACGAUGAAACAAUAUCUAAAUUCCCUGAAGCUCAGCUCCACUACAUCGAUGACGAUGACGGCGAGAGAGUGACAGUAGGAUCGUCCUUUGAGCUGGCCCAACGGCUGGACGAACCACCAGCGGGAAUAUCCGCCCUACAGGCCAUGUCUCCUCUUGGCCAGCUAGGGGGCUCGCCGAUGCAUAUAUUUGAUAUCAAUAAAUCAUCAUCUUCUAUUAAGACAUGGAAGACGUUUCACGCAAGAACCUCGUCGCGCGCUCGCGCAUCACAGUCGCAUAUGUCUCCUCUACUUGACGUUUCUGAGACCCAUGAAGCUCACGCCGUCCCACCCUCAAAUUUCAAUAAUAUAUCGGAUGAUCCCCUCAAACGCUGGUUUGAGGCUUGCAAUCCACCUAAGCUGCCGCCCGAGGACGUUCAAAAGGCUGAGGCUGCUUCAGAGAAUAAGUCACCGCAAGAUCAAGCUGAAGCGGCGUGUGGCUCUACAUCUUCCUGCGGGUCUCUUACGGAUGAGGGGAGGAAACAAGCUCAAGCUGCUGGUGCCAAAUUUCGAAAAUCCCGGAAUAUCUGGUCCAAGUCCUCGUCCCCGCUUUUAGCUCCCACAGCUGCCCAGAAUUUUUGGAGUUGCUAUCAAGCGUCGCAGCCAAAGAGCGAUGGUAAGGAGUUGUCUGAAAGAGAACCAAAGAAUGCAGAAUCCCCAAUCGGAGAACAACCGCCAUCGCUUCUCGCAGCAUUUGAAGCUGAGCUCUCGAAGCUUGUCGAACAAAACACCCAAUCCGAGGCAAAUGUUGAAGCGAACACUGUCAAGUCAAAUACAGAGCCUGCCAUGAGCUCUACGCAAGAGACCCGGCAACCAGCCUCAGGCCCGAAACCAGAAGAACAGCCUGUUCCUAAAGCCGCUGAACUUGUCGGGCAAACGUUGCAGGCACUCUUAGGCACAAUAGGACAUCUUGCUUCAGAGUUGCGGUCUAGGCUCCCCGAAGUGGAGCAGCGAUUAUCCAGCGCCCAGCAGCAGGUCCCGGCACAAAUCGAAGCCACGGUCCAAGAAGCCCUCAAUGCGAUGAGGAUCCAUGUCCAAAAUCUUGCUAAGGCGGUGCAGGACGCUGCAGUCUCUACGAGAGAAGCGGCGGCUCGAAGUCGGCAUGCUGAAAUGUUAGCUGCGGCCCAAGCAGAGGGACUUCGUGGUCUUGCAUCCGAACUUGGAGAGAUGGGAAAAACCCUGUUUUCUGCUUUCGAAACUGGGUUUUCAGUGAACAAUGGAGCAAAUACCCGGGAAACACAUAAUCCUUCAUCAGCCACGGAAGUGCCUAAUGAUUCAACACAAUCCCAGGCCCAUAAAGAUGGUUCACCACAGCCGGAUAGUAAUGAUAAUGUUGCUUCGAUCACGCAGAAUACCCUCUCUAAUAUCGAGGCUUACUUCGAUGCUGCUGAAACCCAAUCUACUUCCCGUAAUACUCUCUUCAUUGGGGGCUUGAAGUCCACCACCACAGAAGCCGCGGUUCUCACUACCCUUAUGAAGCAUGGCUUCGUGGGCCGGGUCAAGCUACCCACGGAUGCGACCACCGGAAGGCAUGCUGGUUUUGGUUAUAUCCAUUUCCCAUCCAGCUAUGCGGCUGCCGGUGCAUUACAGGCUCUUGAGAAUUCCGUCAUUGAUGACCAGGGUAUCAAUCUUGAAUACAGCCAAGGCGCACCCGCCGACAGACCCAGUGAUUCUCCGUCGGCAAGGGUUUCUCCGCUAGAAGAGUCGAGUUCUGGGAAUGCCGGUGCCUCUGACGUCCUCCUACCUCCAACUCGCGACAAUAUUCCACAUCGCCAGUCCAGGGCCGCAGACCCGAUCGGGGGUCAUGCUUCCCAAAGGAGCUAUCCAAACGUAACCUUCGAUGCCUCGAAUAAUGAAAAUUCCCAUUCCGCAAAAGUCCGACGUGCGAACUCUCUUGGUGCAUUAUCUUCAAAGCAGAGAAAUCGUGAUAGCACCCAGGAUGGUAAUUCGCGGCCCGAUCGUGUACGAACAGGCGACCACAUCCUCCGCAGACGAACUGUAUAUGAUAGAACUACUAACCGCCGCCGCGAGCACACUCGCUCAGGCCCGGCCGAUCCUCGCCCACCAAUACUUGCAGAUUCAGAGGAUAUAACCAGUGAUUUCUCGACACGAUAUCCGCCUCUGUCUACGUUGCUUGGCCAUCCAGCAUCCUCUAGAGGUAAUCCUGGCGGUCACGAAUCUAGUCGAGAUUCAGGGCAACGCGAUUCGGCCGACAGCAUAAAAAUCUCUAACCUUUUGCAACCCGCAGGGGCCUCCAGUCAGCAGCCACCAACACAGGGCUCAUCGGCAAUGUCUGCACACGAGCGAGGUCCUUUACCGCCUCCGGUUCUAGACAAACUUCCUGGUUCCUGGCCUCGAGAGCAAAACAGAAAUAUCUCUGGUGCUGCACGCCAGGGAUUUCCAGCACCUCACCGUCCCGAUGUAAACGAGCCGCAAAACCUCACUAGGCCGAGAUUAUCAAGCCCGUUUACACCAUUAUUUGGACAGCGUCCCUCAUCUCCCCACCCCCACCCCCAUCCGCUGAUUGCGAAUGACAGAUACCACCCUUACGCCACUCACGGACGUCCGCAUUCAUCGCAUGCUCCGCCACUUGAACAAAGUUAUAAUACCCCUGGAAGUUUCCCACCUGAGCCCCAAGCGAGCACGUAUUUGCCCAACAAUCACAACCCUUUCAGCGAUGCCUGGUCUCCAGUCCUGCACGAGGAUAUCAACGCCUGCGUCAACAAUCUCGUCUCACUGGGGUACUCCGGCGAGAAUCGAAGUACUGCAAGGCUCCGGGUAUAUGCCGAAGCUGCCCGCGGUAAUAUCAAUGAGGCAAUUGAACUGAUCGAAGAGGAGAGAAAGGCUUACGAACGGCGAUCGACGCACACUUGAGUCGUUUUCUUGUUUACAUGGUUGUUCGGUGGAGGCGUUAGCCCAGGAUAAUUGCGAGUCCUUGUUGGCUUCCUCGCGAAUUUCUGGCCCAUGAUUUCUCUUUCAUGUAUUCCGUAUUCCGUAUUUCGAAUUUGUUUGCCAUUUCAAUGUAUAUGAGAACUUUUAGUUUUGCGAUUCAACUCCGAGAAUGUGGAUUUUCCUCCAAGUAGA